GCCUUCAGGCUCGGGCGGGACGCGAGUAUGUCCGCCGGUCCUACGAGCUGCAGCAAAGCGGUGUGAGACCGGGGGGAGCGGCUGAAGGGAACGCGGCCUCCACCGGGUUAGUGUCGGCUGCCGGGACAGGGCCCCGCUGCGAGGAGAGCAAUGACCGAUUGGGCGCCCAUAGCGAAGGAGUAUGACCCCCUCAAAGCGGGGAGCAUCGAUGGCACGGAUGAGGAGCCCCAUGACCGUGCCAUCUGGAGGGCCAUGCUGGCGCGUUACGUCCCCAACAAGGGUGUGACGGGAGAUCCACACCUCACCCUGUUCGUAGCGAGGCUCAAUCUUCAGACAACAGAGGAGAAAUUAAAGGAGGUCUUUUCCCGGUAUGGAGACAUCAGGAAGAUCCGUCUGGUUCGAGACUUGGUCACAGGGUUUUCCAAGGGUUACGCGUUUAUCGAGUACAAAGAGGAACGUGCUCUGCUGAAGGCCCACAGAGAUGCCAACAGGCUGGUUAUCGAUCAGCACGAGGUCUUCGUAGAUUUUGAACUGGAAAGGACUCUCAAAGGAUGGAUUCCUCGGAGGCUUGGAGGUGGUUUUGGAGGCAAAAAAGAAUCUGGGCAGCUGCGGUUUGGAGGACGGGACAGACCUUUCCGGAAACCCAUUAAUUUACCAAAUGUGAAAAAUGAUUUCUAUGGAGAAGGCUCAGCAGAGAAAAGAAACUGGUCUCGAGAGGGAACGAGGGACUGGAGAACAAGAGACCGAGAGCAUGAAAGGAGCAGAGAGAAGAGAGGGCCAGAAAGAGAGCGGUCGUGGGGUUGGGGUGACAGUGAAAGAGACUCAAAAGAGGAGAGGAGCAGAGGGAGAGAGAGAAAGGACAGAGACAGAAAGGACAGAGAUAGAGACCGGAGCAGGGAAAGAGAUGCCAGGAAGCAAAGAGAUGAUGAUAAGUAUCGAUAGCUGGCAGCACCUUAAGGGAAUGAUGGGAAGUUUGGGUAUGGUGACUACUCUUUUGUGUCUCUAGAGUAGCAUGAGACACAUAGAACUGCCUGUACUGCUGGCUGGGGGCACAACUCUGCUGUUAUGGUGAAUGAACUGCUAUGGAGGAGGUGAUGCAGCAGGUUCUGGCAUCUGCAGUGUGGAAAAAGCUGUGUCUUCUGGAGGACGUGGACGUGACUCAGUUGUAGAUGUCACCUUCAGCAGGGGGCUGUGAACUGCAUUCCCCAGACAAGCAGCAUUCGUGUUACUGUCUUGUGCCUUUGACUUUUAUCUGCUAGAAGCUCUGUAGCGUGGGUCAUAGCGCAGGUAUCUUUUGUUGAAUUGUUCUUAAGAGAAAUUAAACUUUUCUGUUCAUGUUUUAAAGUGGUGAAAAAGAAAUGCACGUGUUACCAUCCCCUCAAAAUCAA